AAAAAUGGCCAGCCGUCCCGUCGUUCAGGUUCGUUCGCUCAAGGGCGAGUCGACGAGCACUCUCCCGCUCCCGGCCGUCUUCACCGCGCCCAUCCGCUCGGACGUGGUCGCGCAGAUCCACAAGAGCGUCGCCAAGAACCGUCGCCAGCCGUACAGCGUCGCCGAGAACGCCGGUCACCAGACGUCGGCCGAGUCGUGGGGCACCGGUCGCGCCGUCGCGCGUAUCCCGCGUGUCGGCGGCGGCGGCACGCACCGUUCCGGCCAGGCCGCGUUCGGCAACAUGUGCCGCGGCGGUCGCAUGUUUGCGCCGACCAAGGUGUGGCGCAAGUGGCACGUCAAGGUCAACGUCAACCAGCGCCGGUUCGCCGUCGUGUCGGCCGUCGCCGCCACCGCGCUCCCGUCGCUCGUCCUUGCGCGCGGCCACCGCAUCGAGGGCGUGAGCGAGAUCCCGCUCGUCGUCUCGAACGAGGUCGAGGCCGUCCAGAAGACCAAGGAGGCCGUCGCCGCCCUCCAGGGCCUCCAGGCCCACGCCGACGUGUCCAAGGUCAUCGCGUCCAAGAAGGUGCGCGCCGGCCGUGGCAAGAGCCGCAACCGCGCCUUCCGCCAGCGCCGCGGCCCGCUCGUCAUCUACAACGAGGACAAGGGCCUCGUCAAGGCGUUCCGCAACAUCCCCGGCGUCGAGACGGUCAACGUGCGCUCGCUCAACCUGCUCCAGCUCGCGCCCGGUGGCCACCUCGGCCGCUUCGUCAUCUGGACCGAGGCCGCCUUUGCCCAGCUCGACGAGGUCUUUGGCACGUACGACAAGCCGUCGGCCCUCAAGUCGGGCUACUCGCUCCCGAUCAACAAGGUCACCCAGACCGACAUCUCGUCCGUCAUCAACUCGGCUGAGAUCCAGGCUGUCCUCCGCGAGCAGGGCGCGCCGACGACCAAGAAGGGCGUCGCGCAGAAGAAGAACCCGCUCCGCAACCGCGCCGUCCUGUUCCGCAUGAACCCGUACGCCGCGACCCAGAAGCGCAUCGCGCACGCCUCGAAGGAGUUCAAGGCCACCCUCCUCUCGGCGUAAGCUCGCCUCGCUUCAUCCAGCAAGUUCGAGCGUGUCGAGGUGCUUGUUGGUCGUCGUUCCCCUCUCCCCUUUGUCCUCGUCCCCCUCUUGCCGUAGCGACCCGACGAUGGGCGUUUCUCGUCGCGAGCGGGUGCGGUGCAAAGGGCCAGGCGGCCGUUUUUCAAGCAGCUCUUCUUCUU